ACUGCACCAGGGGAGCGGUGGCCUUUGGUUUUUUUCUGUUUUCUUCAGCCUCAUUCCUUCACCCAGGAAUGUCCCUGGGCGGUAGCUACACAGCAACUCCCUCUGGCUGCGCAGAAAUCGGAUGAAUUGGCUCUGAGGAAGCCUUCACUGAAAGCAACUGGGGGCUUUUGUUCCCACCUCUGGAGCGGUGUCUGGUGGAGCUGAAGCUCUUGAGAUACCAAAUCCACAUCUUCAACCACAUCCUCCUACUGUGCCUGCCUGCUGGGGGGGGGUGGUGCGGGGCCAGGCAGCGUGCCAUGAUGUGGGUGGCACGCUGGAGGGGUGGCUCUGUCACCCAUCCUUGCCACUGCAAGGCCACAGGGUGUCCCAGGGUGUGGGUGUGCGUCUGCCCUAGCAGAGACGGUCAGAUCUUUCCAGGAGACUGUGCUGACCUCUGCGAGGACAACCACCGUGGGGUGGCCAUGGGGCUGUGCCCACAGCGGUGGCCACACUGACCUCCUGUGUGUCCCCAGCCACCCUUCGAAACGGAGGUCUCCGAGAUCUCCAUUUGCAGGAGCGAGCUCAACCACACGCUCAACAACCUGGGCACCUGGAUGAAGGAUGAGCAUGUGGAGAAGAACUGGGUGACGCAGCUGGACUCGGCCUUCAUCCGCAAGGAGCCCUAUGGGGUGGUGCUCAUCAUCGGGCCCUGGAACUACCCCAUAAACCUCCUUUUGGUGCCCCUCAUCGGGGCCAUCGCUGCGGGUGAGGCUGGGCUGUGUCCCUGCCGUGCUGGCUGGCACCAGAGCCUCAUUGUGGGGGGUUUUCCCAUGUCCUCCCUGGGGUGAUGGUGGUGGGGCUGCACUGGGGGCAGGCUUCUGCUCCCCAAAAGCGAGGUCCUUACCAGGAGGGAG